AGGUACAUUACUCGCGUCGCGUUUCGUUUACGCGAUCCAGGGCUACGCCUUUUCCGAUUCCCGUUCGUCUCGGUCCAAAUCGACCCGUCCCUUCUAUCAACGAACCAGACGACGGAGUUCCACUAGGGAAUUUCCCAAUCACCUUCUGCGGACGAAGGAAGAAAUCCUUGUUCCUUCAAUCCUACGCUCUUGCACAUUUGUUUGGUUCGAGGCUGACUCUUCACGAUCUCGAUCGGGCACUUCACGGACUGCAUUGAGCCUCUUCCUCGCUUCGCUUGCUGCUGACCAGGACUCGGCAGCUCUCAGGUUGUCUGAAGGGCCAAGCACUCGAUCUGGGUGCAAGAUGUUUUUUGGAGAAUUUAAUUACCAUGGGAAUUCAUUUGAGCAGACAUACCGUUGCUAUCCAGCUUCAUUCAUUGAUAAGCCUCAACUGGAGAUGGGAGAUAAAAUCAUAAUGCCACCCUCGGCUCUUGACCGUCUUGCUUCUCUACACAUUGAUUACCCUAUGUUAUUUGAGUUGUACAAUGUUGCAACACAAAGUGUUUCACACUGUGGUGUUCUAGAGUUCAUUGCAGAGGAAGGAAUGAUAUAUAUGCCAUAUUGGAUGAUGCAAAAUUUACUUCUGGAAGAAGGAGAUCCUGUCCGUGUCAAAAAUGCAACCCUUCCGAAGGGUACAUAUGUGAAGCUGCAGCCUCACACAAAAGACUUCUUGGAUAUCUCGAACCCCAAGGCCAUCUUGGAAACAACUUUAAGAAACUUCUCUUGUUUGACCACUGGUGGCAGUAUAAUGGUAGCAUACAACAAUAAGAAAUAUUACAUAGAUAUAAUCGAAACAAAGCCCUCUUCUGCAAUUAGCAUUAUUGAGACAGACUGUGAGGUUGAUUUUGCUCCCCCUCUUGAUUAUAAAGAACCAGAGCAUCCACAGGCUUCUGUACCUGCAAGCAAAACAGUGGAACAAGCUCAUAAUCCACAAAAUGAUGCUGAAGUUGAAAAAAAAUUUACUGCAUUUACUGGCGCUGGAAGAAGGUUGGAUGGCAAGCCAGGAAAGGAUAAUCCUCCAUGUACUGGUUCACGGAUGACAGACAAAACGUCUGAUACUAUAAUAUCUCCAUCCAUUGCUGAGGCCAGUAUUUCCCGCCAAGCUAAAGGGAAGCUUGUUUUUGGUUCAAAUGCAAACCGUGCUCCAAGGGAAGCACAGAAGGCUGGCCCUAAGGAAACAAAAGAAGAACAGGCAAAGAAAGAAGAACCGAAGUUCCAGCCGUUCACUGGGAAGAAAUACUCACUCAAACGUUAACCAAGUACCCGCCUUACAUAGUGUUAAAAAGUAUUUAUAAACUAUUCUCUUACUCGCAAAGUACUGCUGUCUAGAAGUCCAAAUUUAUCACCUAAAGAGUUGCAUGUUUCAGAUAUUCUUUUCAUCUUGUUUAAUUAGUUUUUCAAUACCUCA